AUGCACGACCCCGAGGUUCGAUCUGCGCCGUCCCAUCCUCUCAAGAUCCGCAUCCACCGAGACAGCAUUAGCAAGGGUGCACCUAGUCCCACUACGCUCGUCAACGGCCAUGCGACAGCCAAUGGGAAGCCGGAGCCACGCGAAGAGGACGAAGCUCUGCCGAGAACACUCAUGGGCCAGGUCCCGCUGAGUGUUGCGGUAUCUCGCAUAGUGCAGAAUGCGUAUGCCGAGCUGGGCAAUAUGGCAGAGACUCUGCCUAGCCAAUCGGACCACGAUAGAAAGCGUCACAUCUUCCAAUAUGUGUUGACGACUCGAAAGGGGUUUGUCAAGAUGUAUGUUGCGACCAAGUGGGCCGAGAAUGCUCGUGCGGUGCAGACAUGUCUCGAUAUUAUGCAGUACUGUAACCGUGCUGGUGAACAGCUUCAGCUCUCCUCGGCUCAUUUGUCGACAAUCGCCAACGCGUUGGGCUCGUUGAGGAUAAGGAAUGCAGAUCUCUUGACCGCACUCGAUGUCCUGACCACAGGUACUUAUCGGCGGCUUCCGAGCAUCACAAAAGAGCUUUAUACUCCGCAGAAACCGAUGAGCAAGGAGGACAUUGUGAAGGUCAUGAGGGACACCGACGCUGCCAUUCGAUUAAGACUUCGCUCGACAGAGCUUCUUCCGACCGAGAUGAAUUCGUACCGCGUCGCGGAUGGGCGGGUGUAUUUCACUGUCCCGAAUCGGUUCAUGGCGUCUUUUACGGUCUUGGGGGGCACGAACGAUGAUCCAUGGUGGUGUGCCGAUGUUGAAUUCUUGUUUGAGCUCAAGGGAGAGCGAAGCACGGCUGUUCAAUACCCACGAAUACCGCCCAAACAAAUGCGUUCAAUCAUUCAGCAAGAGACAAACGCUCUGCUUGCUCACAUUCACAACCAACGGGCCACACAAAUUAACGAGACCAAUGAUCUAGCGAGCAUCAAUCGCAACAGUGAUGUGGUAGAUGCACCGCUUAUCAGGGCCUUCAACUUUCUCCAACUUUUAUCCCUUACAUACCAACUUGAAAUAUUACACUACCAGGCCAAUUUAAUGCGAACUAUGGGCUUAGCGGACGUUUUAACGAUUGAGCUUGCGCCAGACCGUAAAUCAAUGAAGAUCUGGUAUUGGGUCACUAAAAAUAGGCGCGCCGGCCAACCUCCUGGAAAGCCUGACCUCCCCCUCCCACCGCACGGAGGCCUGAUCACAGUCAGCAUCCAAAUGACAAGCGAAGCCCAACUUCGUGAGCUGGCAAAAGAACGGGAGCAGCAAAGGAAGAGCCGAGGUGGGAAGGCUCGGCCAGGGUUGACCAGUCAAGCUGCACUACUACCGUCUUUCCCGAGUGUAUCUCUGCCCCAAUCGGAUUCCCGAAGACCAAGAGGCGGGCAGUCGUGGGCCGUUCGGGUCCGGGAGGACUUGGAGAGACGAUCGAAGUUGGCGGCUCAUGCUACUGCCCGGGCUGGGGCGGAUGUGAAUCCGAGGCCGACGAGUGUGAGCGGGGCAGCGUCGGGGUCUGGUUUGGGUGGGGAUGUGGGCGGGGUUCGACCGAGUGACGAGGUAGAGCAUGCACGGUUCCUGGUCAAGUGGGAGCCCGUGGCGGAUUGGUUGGGUAUUAGUGUGCCCCGUGAGGUUGGAGACGAGGAUGAUCUUCAAGUGGACGCCUCUGCGCUGAGUUUUGCGACCAUCUAUCACAAUGCCAUUCGGAAACACUCAGAUGCUAUCACGCGUGCUCUGCAUACCCAAGUUCCCGAUGCUGAGCUCAAACCAUUUGGACCGGCCGGGAACCUCGCGAUGGUCCAGUCUCGCAUCUUGGUUUCCAUUUCACCUCGAAACGGGUUCGUUUUGGUGCAGGACACAGCGGACAUGGCCUCGCCUGGCCGGGUCAGUCGGUUUACGCAGGCGGGCGAAGCCGUCAGCAGGCAGCCGCAAGCACUAGCAGAACAAGUCGCGCUGCUCAAGUUUGCAAUCAUCGCCGACUCCGUAGAGCAGCAAGUCCGAUUCCUGGGCUACCCAUGCACACGGAAUCGAGGAUUCCCACCUCGGUACCAAGUCCUCAUCCAAAAGUUUGGGCAUGGGGCCAGACACUUUUUGUUCACGCCCCUGGCUGGCUUCCCGUCAUAUGACGUCGUGAUUAUCGUCGCCGAUGAAGGGUUCCGGUAUGGAUUGAUUGAGACCGAGGUGGCUGGAGGGUAUGUGAGCUGGAAGGACGGGACGUUGUUGGAUGUCGAGUCAAUACGGCGUCACAAGGCUGGCGUUGGUGCGGAGGCUCUUCAGGAGCAGCCUAGGCCCGACUUUGAGAUUGACGGACAAACGUUGCGAGAUGUUCAUGCCUAUUGUCGGGCACGAGUAUCCUACGCGCUUGUCGAGGCUCAGCUCAGGUACCUUACCCUUCCCUAUACCAUCGCGUACAAUACCAAACCGGGCUCGACCGUCGUUGCUCCGCCCGCACGGGGUUACCCACUUUCCCAAUCCAUUCCAGCACUGGCCGUCUCGGCAACAGACCUAUUCCGAAAAGGCAAUACCACGGGGGACAAGGACAAGGACGUCGAGGACCAGGUUGCGAUCGAAGUCAUCGGGUGGUGGAACCCCACUGCAUCGUGUCAGGUCGCGACCAGUGUCCGACUCAAACAUGCACCGCCUGUUUCUUCAGCAAAGAGCAAGAGUCGAAGCGGGGUCUUGCGCAUCACGCCGCGGUUGUAUUACAAUACUCUCACGCACGUGGUUACCUUUGUGUCCGAGUCUGUGGAAGGCUGUGUGGGUUCGUUUUUGGCGGGGUGGACUAGCGUGAGGCGGCUGAUUGUUAUCGCACGAGAGAUUGUGAAAAUGCACAAGACUAGACACUGGAAAGAUGUCAAGCUGUUGUCGUCGGAUCUUCAACAGGUGGUCUUUCAAUAUUUCCAGGACUAUACACUUUCGAUUCGUUGGCGACCCGCGCCGGCCCAAAAUGAGCUCUCGGCCAAUGUGCAAACCGACUCUGGGUCGUACGAACUUUCGUUUUCGUGCUUGAACCAGGCUACUCCAUGGAACCCCCACUCGGACUUGGAGUCCCAUUUUACUCGACGAUUACAGGAUGACCUCGCUGCAGGAGACAUCACGUCUUUUGCCGUGCUGUUGCGGGACUCUCUUCCGGUCUUGCUUGAGAUCAACCGGAUCGCAAUUCACACGAGUAUUAACGCACGGUUGGAUGUAUUUUACAAGGCCGUCGGCUGGUAUCGGGUUCUGAUAGAUUCGAGGUACGGUCUUGAUUUCCGAUUACUUAGCCGACGCAGGCUGGCGAUACUGGAUGCGACCCAAUCACUCGAUCGACCCGUUCUGGCUCCCAUACCGCUUAUCGAGGGGAUUGUCAAACGGCUCGUACCUGAAUGCCAAUUGAUUAGUCUGUCCAGGGGUGCGUUGGUCUCGUUUGACGAGGAUGGAGCAAAGCUCCAAGGCGUAGGUGUCAAGUUUGUGGAGCGUGUUAUUCGAGUGCUGUCUAUGGGCGAAGCUGGUUUAAGCUGA